CCUGCCCUGGGCCACCCCUGCUCUGUCCACUCUGACACGGUGUCCUCCUGCCUGGGAGAGGGGAGGCAGAUCUGAGGACCUCUCUGUGACCAGACCAGAACCGCCCACCCCCAGUGAGGCCCAGACCCCUGCCCAGCUCCUUCCCCAGGACGGACAUGGGGCCCGGCUUCCGGCCCCACCUCCGGCUAAACCUCCUGCUGCUCCUGCUGGUGCUGCCCCUUGGGGGCCAGGCCAACACAGGCUGCUAUGGGAUCCCAGGAAUGCCAGGCCUGCCCGGGGCUCCUGGAAAGGAUGGGCACGACGGACUACCAGGGCCCAAGGGGGAACCAGGAAUGCCAGCCAUUCCUGGGACAAGAGGACCCAAAGGACACAAGGGAGAACCCGGCACACCUGGAUAUCCUGGAAAAAAUGGCCCCAUGGGGCCUCCUGGGAUGCCAGGCAUUCCCGGCCACAUGGGCCCCCCCGGAGAGCCCGGUGAGGAGGGCAGAUACAAGCAGAAGCACCAGUCAGUGUUCACGGUCACUCGGCAGACGGCCCGGUACCCAGAGCCCAAUAGCCUCGUAAAGUUCAACACGGUCAUCACCAACCCCCAGGGGGACUACAACACGGGCACUGGCAAGUUCACCUGCAAAGUCCCCGGCCUCUACUACUUUGUCUACCACACAUCGCAGACAGCCAACCUGUGCGUGCAUCUGUACCACAACAAUAUCAGGGUGACCACCUUCUGUGACCACAUGUCCAACACCAAGCAGGUCAGCUCGGGCGGCGUGCUGCUGCGGGUGCAGGCGGGCGAGGAAGUGUGGCUGGCUGUCAAUGACUACAACGGCAUGAUGGGCACGGAGGGCUCCGACAGUGUCUUCUCCGGCUUCCUGCUCUUCCCCGACUAGGGCAGGCAGGCGGCUUUAGCCCCACAUGCUGUCCACCCUCCCUGGCUUCCCUGCAUGGACCCACCAUGCCAGCCAGUCUCUGCUCCCUUGCUCAGGCCGCUCUCCUCACCUGAUGGAUACUUCUUCCAGGAAGCCUGCCCUGGCCUCCAUCCCAUGAGCUCUCUCUCUCUUCUGAACUCUUUCGGGAGUCACUA